AUGUAUCAGUGGUCACUGAUUGUAUUGCAGCAUUAUGAGAAGACGAAGAAGGGGCUGAAGGCGCGCAGCGGUGCUUGCGUACCUCACGUCGAGUUCCUCGAGUUGGCUGGCAUCGCCGCUCAUGACGUGGACAUGACUCGCGUCCUCCCUAGUCGCAUUCACCUAGCCGCUCGCAAUAAUGACUUGAGAAGGUUAAUAAUAUGUAAUUUGGUCAUUGCCAAAACUGGUGUCUUGCCAAACAUUCAGGAUGCACUUCAACCCACAUGGCACACUGGCAUAAAGGCAGUGAGUGACAGCAAGAGGAGUGAAUGUUGUGGCAGCGGUCCUUUUUACAACGACAAACACAUGCAUUUACGGCAUGUUUGUAGCAACGCUCCAAAAGAAAUCAUUGUGGCUGCUGUAAUAAAGUGA